CGCUGAUCGUACCCGUCGUCGGCUUCUCAAUUUCGCUCACCAUUUUUCAUCUUCAUAAAAGUAAACGAUAACGGGAAAUUCUGAAGAGCUUGUUCAUUGUGAACAAUUCAAGUGAACAUUGCAUCAGUGCAGUGUUACAUACGUUCAUGUCCGAGAGGUUAACGCGAGGUCCGCUCACAUUACGUCUAGAACUGACGUCCGAUUGGACAACCUCUUUUCCAAGACAAAAGAAUGUCGGUAGCCGAAUGAAAACAGAAUUUGCAACUUUCCUAAAAUCUUCUCGAAGGAUCUAACGACGUCUCUGGUUGGAUUCUAGUUCCGAGCUGACUAGCGCGUAUGGAAUUUCCCUAGAACCGGGAAGUCCGUAUAGUAAUUUUUUUAUUUGGAACUAGCUAGAAAAUUUAAUGGCAUUUUAAAGGUUGCAACACUUCUUUUUAUAAGUUUCGGAACUCAUCCCGUGCCCAAUAAGAAAAUUUGUUUUUUUAGUAAUUCUCGGGAGAUAUAUUUUUCUAUUGAAUAAGAAAUGCGCAACUUACGAAACUUGUCGAAAGUGUUGCACCCUUCUUGCGACUGACCAUAGGUGCAGGAAGCUCAGGGACAUUUUUGUUACUUUCACUCGCAUACGCGUCAAAUUUGAAAAGCGUCAAACUUCAUGUAUGACCGCAUCUUGAGGAAGAAUUUACGCAAUCGCUCGAUAAAACUUAACAUUAUUCGUAAAUUAUGGCUAGGGCGACAACAUGUAAAGAAGCUAUUCAAAGAUGGGAGGAAAAAACAGGACUUGUGGCGAGCGAACAAAUAGAGAUAAUAUUAUCCUUCCAGUGGCCUCCGAUCGAAAAAAUGGACAAUAGCUUGGCAGUAUUGACUAACGUCGAAAAAUUGUCCUUGUCGACGAAUAUGAUCGAGAAAAUAAGCGGUAUCGGUACAUUGAAGUAUUUGAAGAUCUUGUCACUGAGCAGAAACAACAUUAAGACGUUCUCGGGAAUAGAGGCAAUCGGAGAUCACUUGGAAGAGUUAUGGAUAUCCUACAACUUGAUCGAGAAGAUCAAGGGUGUCAGUGCACUAAAAGCGCUCAAGGUCCUGUAUAUGGGCAACAAUCUGGUGAAAGAUUGGGCAGAACUUAAUCGUCUGCAGGAGAUACCUAAUCUCCAGGAGCUAUUGUUCAUCAACAAUCCUAUAUGCGAGACUAUGGACGCGGAAUCAUGGCGUUUGCAAGUUGUCAGACGGUUGCCCGGUCUGAAGAAACUCGACGCGAUACCGAUUGUGCACACCACGUACGAUAUCUACAUCAAAUGCUUCGCUGAAUCACUUUUAUCAAUAUAACUUUCGCAUAAAAAUC